AUGAGUCCAAAUACUUGCUGGCUUUGCAAGAAAUUCAGAGCAGAAGAAAGCUCAGAAAAAAGGGGUGUGUUUGGAGAAGUGCUACAAUGAUCCCAGUCCUUUGAAAAGCUGGUAACAAGUAAAUAUAAAGAUGGGCCUAUGAUCAGCAAGACCUACUUGAAAAGAGAACACAGUGAUGAAAAUAGAGAAUUGUGGCUUGCUUGUGAAGCUUAUAAGAAGAUAACGUGGCAGAGGAAAAGGAUCUCCAUGGCCAGGAAGCUUUUCACAAGUUAUAUUCGAUCCCAGGCUCCCCAGGAGAUUAGCAUUGACAGUCCUGCAAGGAACGUGAUCAGGAAUAUUCAAGAGCCAACACAAUCCUGCUUUGAUGAAGUACAAAGAAUAAUUUACAUGAACAUGGAAAGAGAUUCUUAUCCACAAUUUCUCGAAUCACAGUACCAAAAACUGAAACACAGGCUUCAAACUAACUAA